AUGCCGUUCAAGGUCGCCAUCAUGACGCGUCCCACCACCGACGGCAGCCAUGAGCUCUACUGCGAGCUAUACACGAGAGAUCUCAAGAACGACCCCGGCUUCAUCGAGGCAGUUACCUCCGAGGAGGCUAAGGACGAAUACAACCUCGACGCCUCGCGCCUCCUCGAGGCGCAGCGCCACAGCAACAGCAACACAAACACAAACAACGUCAACGUCCACGUCCACAACCAACCCGGCCCCCGCCGCCGCUCGCCGUCCGCCCGCAGGGUCAACAACUACCCGGUCAGCAGCAGCACCCGCAACGUCGCCCCCGUCGGCGCGACGAACACGUACGUUCACAGCAUGUCGGGCGGGACCAUGGUCAUCGCGCCGUGCAACCGCGUGGGCAUCGCCCGGAACGCCGCCGCCGCCGCAGCAGCGCCCACGGCGGCCCGGCGGGUCCAGGUCCACAACCUCGCGCGCCGUCAUCGUGACGACGACGACAACGACUACGACGACGAGGCGGUCGGCGGCGGCCCCACCCGGGGUUUGGCGGAUGCUCCACGCGGCGGUGUCGCUGGCGAGCCGCUCGGAGCCGAGGAUCCCGGCCGAGAGGCGGUCGAGCGCGGUCUGCGGCUCCGCUUCGCGAUGGAGAUGGGGUUCGGAUCCCUGGCGGGUAGAGGCUUCGGAGCGAACGGCGGCUUCUGA